AUGGAAAAUAACAAUGCAACACAUGAGAAUUGCGUCGUUGUUGUUGUUUUUUGCUUUCUAGUGACUUUUUUUUCUUUUAUUCACGCCUCUUCCUUUCGCGUAUUUACGUACUGGCAUCUCCACGCAUGUGCCUGGGCCAAUGCUUGCGAACACAACCAAAGCAACGCAAGGAAAAGCAGGGCCAAAGAGGGUUUUGAGGAGAUGCCGUCACGCACAGCCGCUCGGGAAUCGAGAAGCGACUCGCGAGGACGGCGGCAGACGCCUUCACCGCCAGUGGCGAACGGACGGAUGAGCGCUGGUGACGCCUGCCUCGCGGAAGAGGCGCUCGCUGUGGAGGCAAUCCUCGCUGGUAGGCCAAGCACAGCCAGCUGCAGGAGCUCCCCGUGGGGAAUGUGGGCUGCCGUUGUGGCGUUGGAGGUGGUGGCCUUCGUCUGGCUCAAGUGGGCAAUGGACACCUACGGCGUUUACAGUGCGGCGAGGUCAUAG